CUAGCGAGAGUGGUAGGAGGAUCGAGUCUCCCUCCACCAAGCGACGAACCUGCAAACAUAUUGUUCUUCUUCUUCGCCAUCUAAUCACUCUUGGUCAAAAGACUCCAUCAUCAGAUCUUGAAAUUAAAAAAAUGGGGAAGGACAGCAAACCCAGAUUCCGGCAACUGUCACUUCAGCCACACCUUGUGCUUGGCGUUCGCCAACAGCAGGCCCAGGCACUGGACGGUGAGGUGGAACUUGCCGCCGUGGGUGAACCGGGCGACACAAGUGCCCAUCGCGACGAGGUUCUUCCGGCUGAUGUUGGUGGUGCGCUUCACCAGGGCCUCACUGACGUAGUAGACCCGGUUCUUCUGGAGGCGGAAGCAGUAGAGGCCGGGGUUCGCGUCUGGACCCUCGUGGGCGGGGCUCUCGACGAUGUUCUACAGGUUGUUGCCAGUGAACUUCAGGAGCUUCUCGAAGACGACCGUCGUCUCCGCCUCGUCUAGCGGCCUCAUCUUGCUUUUGGGUUUCGGAUUUGGGAGGGGGAUUUCUUCUGUAUAUGAAGGAGGAGGAAGAGGAAGGGUUCUGAUUUGGGGGAAAUUAAAAAGAUUUGGGAAAAGUGCAGCGGUGAGGUAGAGGAGCUGGACUGGCGAAGGGAUUAAAAAGAUUUUGGGAUU